ACAUCGAAUUGCUUGUACAGAAAUUAAAAAGAAGAAUUAAAAUGUUACUGGGGCUUAUCUAAUUAUAAGAUAAGAACAUCAUUUAUACUUGUCAAAUGUUACACGAGAAUGUUAAUAAUGAAUAAUAUGAAAUUACAGUUAGUUGAAAAUUUUCAUAAGAGACAGAAAAAUAUAUUUCCAAAAGCUGUCAGUCAUGAGUGCUUUAUUAACUUAACCACAAAUAAGAAUAAAAUUUUAGAAUGAAUGCACAUGAGAAAUGUUUUUAUUACCAAUAAUUAUAAUGCUGCACAUUCAUUUUAACAUCUCAAUCUUGUAAAAAUUAGAGUUUACAGUUUACAUAUUAUAAUACACUCCUUUCACGAAGAGUUACAUGACCAUGUACGUGGAAACCUUUACUUAAAAGUAUUAAAAGAUACGAAAAUUAAUAAAACAGACCUAUUAUUUAACAUUGUAAGUAAAGUUUAUUAACAUCUUCGAAGAACGUAUGUAUCGUAUUUAAAAUGAGUUACUAAUAAGGACAAUUGAAUCAAUUCAAUAAUCAAAACAAAAGCAUAACAUUUUCGUUGUGUGCAGGAGAUAUUUGUUGUCAUUCAACGUACGAUUAUUACAAAAUAUGAAUGCUUCUGUUAUUAAGAUAAAUUUGUGCCUAAAAUACAGUUUAUAUUAGCGGAAUUUAUGUCUGUUUGAAACUACAAAAUUUGGAUGUAGUUUAUUAUGAAUUCUUAUAGAAUGGAGGUUAUGGAUUUUGAAAUAGUUGUAGAAAUAGUGGGCAUGGACGUAAUAGUCGAAGACCAUUCGGAAGAAUCUGAGAGUCUUGCAAGUGAAGAUCAUGAAAAUGGUAAUGGUGAAAAUGCCGAGAACAGGAAUGUUAUUAUUAGUGAAAAUGUGAACAAUGAAAAUAGCAAUAGCAAUGAAAAUACUGAUAAUAAUGUAGGAGAUGCGGCUCAAGUAAUAGAAGUAGUAGACUCUGACGAAGAUCAAUCAAAAGCAAAGAAAGCAAAAGAAACGCCUUUGGAUGAAUCUGACACUGAUAUUGAUCAAUAUUGCCCAAUAUGCAUGGACACAUGGACCAGUUCUGGCGAGCAUCGCCUGUGUUGUUUGCGCUGUGGACAUUUAUUUGGACACAGUUGUAUCUACAGAUGGUUACAAAGUAUUUGUACUAGUGCAAAUCGCCGUUGCCCACAAUGUAAUAAAAAGGCUGCAGUAAAAGACAUCAGAAAUCUGUAUGCCAAAAAGUUAGUAUCAAUAGACACUGCCGAAUUAGAUAAUUUAAAAGCACAAUUAGCUACGGUUACAAAUGAAAAGAAUCAGAUAAAAAUGGAACUUUCAAACUACGCUAUGAGAGAAACGUUGUUUGAACAACAGAUUUCGCGUAUGAAGAUGCGUAUAUCUGAACUAGAAAGAAUGCAGUCAGAAGGAACUGCCUACUCACAGCAAAACGUUUCUAAACACAUGGUUAAAAAGUUCCAUUUAGAUCGAUCUAUAGAGGUAUGUAAGGAGGGCGGUUGCCGAGUAUUGGAUUACAAUCCUUGGUUUGGAAUUCUAAUUGCGUCGCAAAAGUCUUCAAAUAAUUUAUUUCCGGGCUACGGUAUUAGAAAGAUUGACACGGAGAAGUUUCAAACACGACAGUUUAUUUUCUUACAUACUGAAGCGAUAAGGGACAUGGGGUUUAAUACGACAAAAAAGGAAUUGCUGCUUAGCGUUGGUUUUGAUAAAUGCGCAAAAUUAAUAGACGUUAGGAAUAAUAGUAUUGUGCAUAGCUAUCAAACAGAAUUUGCAUUGUGGAGUUGUUGUUGGUCGAGCGACGAUCCGCACAUGUUCUUUGUAGGUGCACAGAACGGAUCUAUAACGCAGUUUGAUAUGAGGCAACUUUCUGGUGCUGUCGAAGCUUUGGACAACCCAGGUGACAGAUCACCUGUGGCUUCUCUAGCAUCAGUACCCUUUAAUCCUGGUAGCGGUAUCAGUCGAGGCGGGUUCAUAGCAUGUCGCUUAAAUUCAUGUUACGCUUAUGAACAAAGAGAAUCAAAAUACGUACCAAAACAAAUAUUCCUUGAAGGCCCGUUUGUAUCUGUGUGCUACGACGAGAAAAAUAAUCAUACGUUAAUAUCGUCUCGACCAAAUGCUAGGCAGCCCCACAUGAGGCACAUAGUAUGUACGAUAGAAAAGGGAAACGACGACUCAACCAUUUGUAACGUAGUGCAUACAUUUCACGCUGGUAAUUCACAACAAUUUAUGUCUCGUCCGUGUUACAUAAAUGUUGAAAAUGAUACAUUGGUUGCUGCGCAUCAAGAAUCUAAUAGUAAUAUAUCAUUGUGGAGUGUAUCAACUGGAAAACAAGUAAACUGUUUGCCUGUUUCUGAUCCCGUAGUGGAUUUGUGCUCAGUUCAUGUUAAUGAUAAUUUAUUCUUAGCAACUCUUUCUCAAAAAAAAGUUAGAAUUUAUUGUCAUGGAUAACUAUCAUCGUUAUAAAAAUAGAGAAACAAGUCUUUCAUACAUACGUAUAUCCUAAAUUUAUAUCACCAAGACAUGAGAUUUGUUAAUAUAUUUUCUACUUUAAAUGUAAACGAGAUUUUGUGUACAAGAUGUGUGAUAAUAUUGAUAGAAUAUAUAAGAUAUAGACUAUUAUAAAUAUGACCAGAUAUUGAUAACGCUGCAUAAAUCUUCCGUAUACAUAAAUUAAAUUACAGAAACAUAUUGAUUACAAAUUUUGAAGUUACCGUUGUUCAUUUUGCCUUUGUUAUUGUACAUCCAAUUGUGUAUUUAUUUUAUGUAUCAUAUAAAUAAUUUUUAUAUAAAAAGACUGCUUCAAUGACUAUAUUAAACACUAUUUCAAAGUAUUAAUGGUAAAAAUGAUUGUUAUUCUAAUUCAAAUCAAAAUAAUGCA